AUGUUUGAGUCACUUGUUGCAAAUCUUUUGAAUAGGUUUUUGGGUUCUUAUCUAGAAAAUUUUGAUACAAAACAAUUAAACAUUGGAAUAUGGAGUGGUGAUGUGAAGUUGACAAAUUUAAGAUUGAAAAAGGAAAGUUUGGAUAAAUUGAAAUUACCUGUUAAUGUUACAUUUGGCCAUUUGGGUGUUUUGACGUUGCAAAUACCGUGGUCUAAUUUGAAAGGCAAACCUGUUCGAAUAAUAAUAGAGGAUUUAUAUUUAUUGGCAACGCCUGCAGAUCUAUCCAACUAUGAUGCGGAGGACGAUGAAAAAAGACAGGAAGCAGUAAAACAAGAUAAACUAAAGCAAUUGGAAACCUUUUUGGAAGCACAAAGUGAAGAAUUGGGAAAAGAUUUAGUUGAUAGUACCUUCGCAGAAUCAUUAAUUACCAAAAUCGUUGAUAAUUUACAAGUCACAAUAAAGAAUAUACAUCUAAAAUAUGAAGAUGAUUCUGUUUUGACGGAAAAUCCUUAUUCACUUGGAGCAACAUUGGGAGAGUUAUCAGCAGUUUCCACCGAUGAAAAUUGGCACCCAUCAUUUAUAGCCAUAACGCAAGUAUUUGCAAGAAAAUUGUUGACUUUAGAUAAAUUUGCCUGUUACAUGAAUACGAGAGAGCCACAAUUACUUUCUGAUUUGGAUAGAAAUGUGAUACUUGAAAAAUUUCAAUCAAAUACUGUUGAGGAAGAAUAUCUAAUGAAACCUAUUACGGGUAAUGGUAGAAUAACCAUACACAAAGCUGGUGCAACAAAGAAUCAACCACAUUUAGAAUCAGACUUAUCAUUCGAAGAAUUUGGUUUAGAGCUUAACGCUCAACAAUACGAGGAUAUACUUUGGACUGCCUCAAAGUUUCAUUGGUAUAUGAAAACAGCAAAAUUUAGAAAAUUAAGGCCAAAAGUGUCACCCAGCGAAGACCCUAAGGCAUGGUUCAAAUAUUCUGCUGAAUGUGUCUUGAAUGAAAUUCAUGAAAAACAUUAUAAGUGGAGUUGGGAAUACUUCCAGAAAAGAAGAGAUCAAAGAAUUGCAUAUUUGAAGUUAUGGAAACUAAAAUUGGAUAGAACAAUAAGUCCCGAGGAAGAAAAGGAAUUGCAGCAGUUGGAGUGGGAUUUAUCCUUUGAUGAUAUCAAAUUAUAUAGAUCAUUAGCAAGAAAUGAAUUAAAAAGGCUGGGAAAAAUUGUUCGAUUAUUCGAUACAGAAGCAGCAGAUCAAAAUGAAAAGAAAAAUGCUGGUUGGUUCUCAGGAUGGUGGGGUGGUGGGAACAAGCAGUCAGAAGAAAAAAAGAAAGACACCCUUGAAGCAGAUGGUGAACAUACUGCGGUUUCUUUAAAUGAUGAUCAGAGAAAGUCACUUUAUGAUACUAUUGAUUACGAUGCUAAAGCACAAGCAUCUGAUAUUGAUCUUCCAAAUGAUUGUGUAAAGAACAAAAUUUCUGCUGUUUUAAAUAAAGGUGGAUUGGUUAUCAAAAAGGAUUAUUUGACCAGUUUGGCAGAGAUUGCAUUCGAAGGCUGCGAAGCUAAAUUUUUCCAAAGACCUGAAUCAUUCUUGGCUUCAUUUCAGAUGUCAGAAUUCAAAGUAGAAGAUGGAACUAAUUCUAGCAUAUACAAACAUCUUAUUAGUGUCAAAGAAGCAUCAAACGAUGACACUGCCAAAUCACACGAUCCAUUCUUUCAAGUGCUGUAUGAACAAAAUCCCCUUGAUGGCAGAGCUGACUCAGAAUUAUUAGGAAGAUUAAAAUCAAUGACGAUAUUUUAUAAUCCAAAAUUUGUUGAAAAUUUGAUUCAAUUUUUUACACCUCCAAAAAUUCAUCUAGAUACAGUUGGUGCAAUCAUGAAUGCUGCUGAAUCGACUGUUGAAGGAUUAACAUCUCAAACAAGAAUGGGUCUAGAGUAUGCGUUGGAAGAGCACAAAACAAUUAACGUCAAGUUAGAUUUACAAGCCCCAUUAGUAAUAUUGCCCUUGGAUCCUUCGAGUUAUAAAUCGCCUGUAGCGAUAUUGGAUGCUGGUCAUGUAAGUGUAGUAAGUGAUUUGAUUGAAAAGUCUAAAAUUAAAGAAUAUAAAGACAAAGAAAAAUACACAGACAAAGAUUGGCAGAAUUUGAAGGAAUUGCUAUAUGACCAAUUCAAAUUAAGUUUAAUUGACGCCCAAUUUUUAGUAGGUCAGAAUAUAAAAACUACAAUGGAACAAUUAUAUAAGCCUGAUGUUAAAAGGUCAGCAGUUAUGCUAGAUAAUUUAAAUUUGAAUAUUAAUUUGGGAAUUUCGAUAUUACCUGAUGCCAAAAAUUUACCUAAAAUGAGAUUGGGAGGUGGAGUUCCUAAAAUUAAUAUAGCUAUGAACGAUUUUCAAUACAAAACUAUUAUGAGUAUUCUUGAAGCUGCAAUCCCAAAUACUGGAACUUCAAAUACAGAUGAAUCAAGUGUAUUUGCUACAUAUGGAGAUACGAAUACACAAAAGGAUGGCAUUUCAAUUGAUGAUCAUGUAUCUAGUGAUGAAAAAAGCAACCAAUCUUUGAAGAAAAAGAACGACAUUGAACAAAAGUUAAUAGAAAUAGAAUUCGAGAUAAAUCUGAUAAUUGUGUCCCUUUCCAGAUGCAUAAAUGGGGUUACCUUAGAAGCUGAACCGUUAAUAGAUAUAGUUGGAGAUGGUUUGCUGUUGUCUUUAUUUAAAACUGAGACGGAAUUGCACUUGGAUAUGAGUUUGAUAGACUUUAACAUUGAAGAUUGCUUAGAAAAAUCGGGAGUUGCUAAAUUCAACAACCUUAUAUCUUCCAAUUCAAAUUCAAAAUCUAAAAAAAUUUUACAAAUCAAUUUGAGUAGAUUUCAAAGGUUGGUUGAUUUUAAGGGGUCACAAAUUGAGGUUUUUGAUCAAGACAUUGAUAUGCAAAUAGCAACUGUUGAAAUUGUGAUUACAAGAAAGUCAAUUUUGAGUAUACUAGCAUUUUGUAUGAAUACUUUCACAGAUCCAAACGCUCAAACAACACCUGCUGAUGAAUUGAGCCACAACGAUGCAAAUGAAGAAGCGGCUCCUCAGAAGAUUAAUAUGAAAUUGGGAUUGGACAGUAUCAUUAUAGCAUUGAAUGAGGACGGAAGAAAGUUAGCAACAUUUGAAUUGAGUUUAGCUCAAAUUAAGUUGUUCUUGCUACCUGAAAGUAUCGAUGUAACUGGUAAGAUUGGAGCUUUAUCUUUAGUUGACAAUUACAAUUCUGGUGCUACUAAAUUAAUUCAUAUGGACGGAAAUAAUUUGGCUGAAUUUAACUAUAAGACUUUUGACAUUCAUGGAAUUAGGCCAGCGGAAGUUGCUUUUAAAACAAAUUCUUUGUCUAUUAACUUCAUUGAAAGUAGUUUCAAUAGGCUCAUAUCAUAUAGUACUCAGUUUAUGCAAAUGAAAGCAAUUUACGACAGCACCAGAGAAGCUGCAAUGAAUCAAGCUACACAACUUCCUACCAAAAUCAAAUUUGAUGUAGUUGUGCAAGCACCAAAUAUUACUUUUCCCUUUGGAUUGACUGGUGAUAAAAUUGUAGUUGAUCUAGGUGAGCUAUACGCUCAAAACGUAUUUAAAGGAGAUGUAAAUACAAUUGAAGCUGGGGUAAGAAAUAUAAAUUUACAGUCAGAGUUAAAAUUUGAUAAAGUGCAACAGAAUGCUACAAUUGUGGAUGAUUUGGAUAUCACCUUUAACGUUGAUUGGUGCGAAAUUUUCAAAAAUGGAGUUCCAACUUUUGAUAUCAUUGGUAAAAUACCCCAAUUAAAUAUAAAUUUAACGGAAUUACAAUUAAAAUUGAUUACUCAAUUAUUCACACUGAUAAGUGAAACAUUUGGUUCGGAAAAUUCAUCAACAAAUUUUGAGGAGAUUGAAGAAGAAGCUAAUUAUGCGAACGAAGUACUAAAACAUAAUACAAAAAUUGUGCAAGGUAACCGCAAUGAUGAUGCCCAAACUGCAAUAGCUGAGAAUUCUUCAGACAAAGAAGAAAUUCCAAAAGAUCAUAAAAUGGCUAAUUUCAAAUUUUCAGUGCCUCAAAUUUCUUUAACGCUUUAUAAUGACACCGAUGGUAUUGAAAAUAUUACGAGUCAAAAAUUCUCCACAUUUUCAUUGAAUGACUUUGAUAUAGUUUUUGAUUUAGCUCAGGAUCAACUGUUUAAUUCAAAAUUUGCCAUUAAAUCAUUUGUGGUUGAAGACGUUAGAGAAAAGACACAAAAUAAGUUUCCUGUAUUGAUCCCAGCUGCAAAAGAUGUUGAGAAUCAGUUUGUUUUACAGUUAAUCUCGGAUGGUUCAGAUACUAAUAAAUCCAUUACAACAAUCUUAACCGUUCAAAAACCAAAGGUCAUCUUGGCUUUAGAUUAUUUAUUCAAUUUGCAGGAUUUUUUUAUCAAGUCAAAACCUUCAUCUCAAAGACCUGAAUUACAACCAAGACAAUCACGAAAAUCUAUCACACUGUUUCCAGGUAAUAGAGCACAUAAUGAGGAAGAAGUUUCAACAACUGCUGCAAAAUUAGGAUUAUCAAUAAAUAUUACAAAUCCAUCAAUUUUUCUUCUAGCGGAUGAAACAAGAGCUGAUACGGAAGCGAUUGCUUUCAAAGUUGAACAAAUUUUAAUCACGAAGCAGAAUAUACUAUCUAUAGCUACAAGCAAAAUUGGAUUAUACUUGGCAAGAAUGGAUGAUCCAAAAAAUGCAAUUUACAGAAUAAUUGAUGAUUUUACAAUUUCGUUUGCAUAUGACAAUCGUAAAACUACUGCGACAAAAUUUUUGGACAAUAUUCAAGCAUCGAUUGAACCAUUAGUAAUAAGAGUAUCUGUGAGAGAUAUAAGACUCGGUUUAUCAAUUAUCAACAAAGCUAACGAUUUGCUAGCAAAGAAUAAACAGCUGAAUCCCCAGUCGGAGAAAAGUGAUCAGCUGUCAACUUUGUCACAUACUCCUAGUGUAAUUUCAAAUGCAUUAGUUACUUCUUCUCAAAACAAUGAAUCACAAAAGCUGCUAGAACUGGAAGACAAUGUCCCAACUGUAAGAGGUGAAGAAGCAACAAUUAACUUUGGAGGUCUUAGAUUUGUAUUAAUUGGUGAUGUAUCUGAAUUACCGGUCAUUGAUGCUAAUUUGAAACCUUUUGAAUUUCAUGCCAUCAAUUGGUCGACCGAUCUUACUGCUGAAAUUCAUCUUGAAAGCUUUUUGAAUAUUUACAACUAUGCUAAAUCAACAUGGGAACCAAUGAUUGAACCAUGGCCAGUAGCUAUAUAUGCAUCACAAAAGCAAGGACCAGAUCUGAAAUUACUUAUUGAAGUUGUAUCUAGACAUCUUGCGGAAGUUACAAUUACAUCAAGAUCAGUAGCAUUAUUAUCUCAAAUGCAAUAUCUUUUAAGUACUGAAGAGCAAUUGAAACCAAGAGGACAAGAUUAUCCAUUUGUUAUUAUUAACGAUACUGGAAUUGAUUUAAAUAUUUGGUCAGACGGAAAAAAGCAAGCCACCAAGACUACACUUAAUUACGGAGAGUCUAAACCAUGGACAUUUGAAGAUUGGAGAAAAAUUCGUGAAAAUUUGGAUGCCGAUACAUCUAGUACAUUAGGAAUAUCUUUCAAAGAUGAUGCAUAUGAAAGUAUUAGUCAAUUAUCCGCUGCCAGUGUUGGGGAAGAAUUAUUUGCUUUGGAGCCUUCAAUCGAUGGUGUUCAUAACAGAUUAUGUGUCAGCAUUACUCUUGCGGAGGACAAUGUCAAAAUAAUUACUUUAAGGUCGACAGUUUUAAUUGAAAAUGAUGCUGAUGUUCCUAUAGACAUUGAGAUAUUCGAUCAAAACAAAACAAAGCAAUUAUUAAUAAAGUCGAAGCAAAAUCUUGCUAUUCCAAUUGAUUUUGUUUACAAUGGUAAGUUAAGAAUGAAACCACAUUUACAUACUUCGUUUAAUUGGUCAGAAGAAUGUAUCAACUGGAAAGAAGUUAUGAAAGGAAAUUCUGAUAUUGCGUUCAAAUGUCCAGCAACCAAGAGAGGAGAUACUUCAGUUUAUUAUUUUCAAACCGAAGCUUCAUAUGAUAAGCAAGAACCUUUGGCACAAGUAUAUCCUCAUAUGAAAUUCAUCAUAUCUGCACCAUUGGAAAUUGAAAAUUUAUUACCUUAUGAUUUUUCUUACAGAUUAUACGAUAAAAACUCAAGAAGAGAAUGGACUGGAGAAGUGAAAAAAGGUAUCAAAAGUUAUGUUCAUGUUGCAAGUUUGAAAAACCUUUUAUUAUUAAGUAUUGAACCGUUACAUUGUGAAUAUGGAAAAUCAGAAUUUGCAAUAAUUAAUUGUCCAAAGCAGAAUGAAUUCAGAAGAGAGAACAUUCUUUCAUUAAGAGGUGAUAACAAGUUGAAAUUGAAUAUACACUAUCCGAAGAAGCAAGCGGACAGUACCAGUUUGAAAGUGAUUAUCUAUAGUCCUUAUGUCAUUCUCAAUAGAUCAAAUUUAAAUAUUUUUGCCAAUGAACGUGGCAACGUUUUUGAAUCAUUAGGUAAAUCGAUAGUAUCAGAUCCCAUUAAUCCUACCAUGUUUUCAUUUGAUAAAAACGGUGAUAAAAGAAAUAGAGCAACUAUUAAAAGUGAUGAUACGGUAUGGUCUCGUCCAAUGAGCUUUGACACUAUUGGCCAAUCAUCCCACUUAAGUUUGCAGAUGUUGGGAAAACAAAAAGAAAUCAAUUUGGGAGUUACAAUUUCAGAAGGAGAAGGUGCAUAUAAUUUAAUCAAGACUGUCAUUAUAGCUCCAAGAUAUGUAGUGGUUAAUAAACUUGGAGAGGAUCUUUUGAUUGUCGAAGAGGGCGUAUCUAAAGAAUGUCAAGUUGCCCCUAAUAAAUCAAUCCCGUUGUAUGGUAUGCGUUGUUUGGAGAAAAAAAAUCUAAUGUUCAAGUUUAGACACUCAUCAAGAUGGUCACAGCCUUUUAGUAUUGACAAUGUUGGACUCUUAUUCAUCAAAGUUCAAAAACAAAAUGAAGUUCAAGUUCUUUUAAAAGUCACGUUGCUAUUGGAGGAUGCCACAAUGUUUAUACACGUUGAAGAUGGUAAUAAUCAAUGGCCGUAUGCAAUUAAGAAUUAUACGGAUGAAGAAUUUUACAUAUAUCAAGGAAAUCCAAAUAUUAAUGCAAAUGGAGAAUUAGUUAAAACUGAAACACCAUAUAAACCAAUCUAUUAUAAAAUUCCACCAAAAAGUAUUAUGCCUUAUGCGUAUGACUAUCCAAAUGCAAUCUUGAAAGAAUUAAUUGUUAAAUCUCAUGAUCGUGAACGAGCUGUCAAUUUAGCUGAGAUUGGUAAUUUGAAACCAUUUAGAUUGCCAGCGACAGAUGACCAAGGUCAAUGUAUAGUAGAUUUGAAUGUAGCUGCAGAUGGACCAAUUCAAGCUUUAAUCAUCACAAACUAUGAUCCUUCCAAGAGUUUAUAUCAAGUCAAAGGAGGCAAUUCGUCAACUGUCACUGCCUCAACAAGUCAAGAUUAUUUUGUGGAAGCAGACACGGAGGACAACUACCAUGUACAAUUUGUUACCAAAUUUGAAGGUUUAGGUGUGUCUUUAAUUAAUACAAAAGAUAAAGAAAUCUGUUACAUUACUAUGAGAGGUUUAGAAUUUAGGUACAAUGAGUCAAACUUAUUUCAAAACUAUAGUUUGAAGCUAAAAUGGUUGCAAAUUGAUAAUCAAUUAUAUGGAGCAAUUUUCCCAAUUGUCUUAUAUCCAACGGUAAUACCCAAUUCUGGAAAAGAAUUGAAUGAUCAUCCAGCCUUUUCAGCAUCGAUUUGCAAAGUAAAGGAUGACGCUCAUGGUGUUUUGUUUCUUAAAUAUGCAACAGUUUUGCUUCAGGCAUUGACUUUAGAGAUUGAUGAGGACUUUUUAUACGCUUUGAUUGACUUUGCAAAAUUCCCAGGAGCAGCUUGGAAUAAAGAACAAGUGGACAGAUUAUAUGAUGGUAGUCUUGACAUACCAGAGCCAGUUCAAUUAAAUGAAGCAAGUGACAUCUAUUUUGAAGCUUUACAUUUGCAACCCAUAAAGGCAAAUAUAUCAUUUGUUCGAACUGAAAGAAUUGAUGUUGAUGAUAAAACAUCUUCACAAAAUGCAAUAAUGUUCUUUUUAAAUGUUUUAACUAUGGCAAUAGGUAAUAUCAAUGAUGCUCCAAUCAGGUUAAAUGCAUUAUUUAUUGAAAAUAUUAGAGUUCCAACUCCGAUUUUAAUUGAGUCAAUUAGAACACAUUAUAGUCAAGCUUUUUUCUAUCAAAUUUAUAACAUAUUGGGCUCGGCUGAUUUCCUUGGAAAUCCCGUGGGAUUAUUCAAUCUUCUUUCUUCAGGUGUUAUGGAUAUAUUUUAUGAACCAUAUCAAGGUUUUGUUUUAACUGAUCGUCCACAAGAAUUAGGAAUAGGUUUAGCAAAAGGUGGUUUAAGUUUUCUCAAAAAAUCUGUAUUUGGUUUCUCAGAUUCUAUUUCAAAAGUUACUGGUUCAUUAGCUAAAGGGUUAACUGUAGCAACAAUGGAUCCAAAGUUUCAAGAAAGACGUCGAUUACAAACUGGUCGUAGAAAUAAACCAAAUCAUGCAUUAUAUGGAUUCACAGCAGGUGCUAGUUCCUUUUUUGAAUCAAUCGCAUCGGGUGUUGAAGGUGUAGCUAGUGCUCCCAUUGAAGGAGCUGAUGAAGAUGGAGCAGCGGGAUUUUUUAAAGGUCUUGGUAAAGGUUUGAUUGGAUUACCAACAAAAACAGCAAUUGGUGUGUUAGAUUUAGCAUCAAAUGUUAGUGAAGGUAUAAGAAAUACAACAACAGUAUUUGAUGGUGAAGGUUUGGAUAAAGUUAGGUUACCAAGAUAUAUAAAUCCUGAUGGAAUUAUUGAGCCUUAUUCUGAAAGAGAUUCUCAAGGUCAAUAUUGGAUGGUUAAUAUUGAUAAGGGUAGAUUUUGGAAUCAAACAUAUUUAGCUCACUUGAUUUUACCUGGUGAUGAAAUGGCAGUUUUAUUGACUUUUAAAUUUAUUAUUUUGUUCGAUAUAAAGAACUUAAAAUCAAGAUGGUGUAUCAAAUUUGACACAAUUAAAUCGAUAUCAGUUGAACCAACAGGAUUAAGUAUUUAUUUGAAAAACAGACAAGGACCCUUUAUUCCAAUUCCUGAGAGAAAAAAUAGAGAUUAUCUUUAUAAUAAGAUUGCAGUUGCUGUAAAAGAGUAUAACAAAAGUUGUCGUGUAGCUUUAUAA